CCACCCAGGUGGCCCCGCUGUCGCCCGAGCUGGGGGCCCUGUCGCUGCCGGCCCAGAGCUGCCCCCCAGCCCUGCAUCCCCGAUGGCCGGCGACCCCUGGCGGAGGGAAGAAGGGAAGGUCCCCGACGGCGACAACGGCGGACGACCCACGGCGGGGGCCGGGGGUCCCCUGCGGCUCCGUGACUGGCUGGUGUUGCAGGUCGAGAGCGGGAGCUACCCGGGGGUGCGCUGGGAGGACGAGGGCAAGACCCUCUUCCGCAUCCCCUGGAAGCACGCGGCCAAGCAGGGUUACCAGGCGCAGCAGGACGCGGCGCUCUUCAGGGGAUGGACAUAGCACCACAGUAUUCCUGCAGUAGAUAUCCCUGGGCCCUUCAUGAGCCUCUGUGAGAACUCCUUUUGAAUUGGAAUUUCUACUCACAGGGUAUGUUUCUACUUAAUUUAACUAGGCAUGCCAGAUGACCAUCUAGACCAGCGGUUCUCAACCUGUGGGUCGCGACCCCUUUGGGGGUCGAACGGCCCUUUCACAGGGGUCGCCUAAGACCAUCGGAA